UGCAAAAACGGCAUAAGUAUUUCGACGAUAAUGAUGUUAGUAAUUGGAGUAUAUACGGGUUUCAUGAAGAAUGGAUACGUCAUAAUGAAGACGAUCCAAAAAAACUACGCUAUCAAAAGGCAAAUGACACUGUCACAAAAAGUCUACGUUCUCUUAUUAAUGAUUGCGAAGAUGACGUGAAGAGACAGGGAGGCUGCGAAACUUCUAGCAAACAAGGCAAGUAUGUUAUUAUGGUAGAGUCGGAGAAACCAACUGUUUGCUGGUCCUCCGAAUGCCUGCUUGGAGGUGUGGCAACAGUUGUCCAUGCUAGGAGAAAUCAACUGUUUGCUGAUCCUCCGAAUGCCUGUUUGGAUGCAUGGCUUGUCACGAUGCCGAUAUGCGUACUUAGGAAGGAUCAGAUUUAUUAUACAUUAUUAAACGCAAUUCUGGAAGUGAAUCUUGAUAAUUUGUGGGCUCCCAUAGAAUAUAAAAAUCUCGAGCAAUUGGCGCGUACGAGAUUAAAUUGCGAACAGGUUGAUAAUGUCACAAGAUUCUCAUCCGCUUUAACUGGUGCUGCGGUAAAGAACUUAAGCAACGUUAUACCAGAGUCGACAUCAGUCAUACCGAGUAAACGACCUUUUGAAUCUCCUAAUUCAGAAACAGCAUCAACAGGACAAGAAACACCAGAGGGAGCAAGAACACCAUCAUCCGGAUCUCCUCCGAGUAAAGAUAUCUCUACGCCAAACAAGCGAGAUAUGCAUAAUGAGAAGGUUGUUCGUUAUCUUGACGCCAUGGGAAGCUCUUUGAAUUACAACCGAGUUCUUAGUGGUGCUCCUCCUGUAUGGACUAAAUCUAUAGAGAUGUACCUUAACAAUGCUUUUAAAAAAGAAGGAGAUGAAUUCAAGACAGCAAUCAUGCAAAAAAUCGAGGGAGAUGAAAGAAAUUAUUUUCGUCUAUAUUGCGAAAAAAUUUUAAUUGAUUUUUAUAAUUUGGUUGAUAUCUUCCCUAAUAUGUCACGAAGAAUUGGAGAACGAAAAUACAUUGUUCAGAAUAUUUCCUCCCUUUUUAAGUAUUAUGAAACAACCUUUGGAAAUAUAAGUUUCGACUGGAUAGAAUCGCAUUCUCCGGCAGGUAAAUUAACGAAAUCGACCACAAAUUCCGGCAUUAUUAAGGUGGAUGUGAGAGGGGUCCGGUUGUUGGACGAUAAAGAAAUUAUCCAUGUGGAAGUCUCGGGUCCACCGUCAUCUCCAUCAGAGCGUCAUUCUACAGAUGAUACGAAAAAAUCAUUACACACAGAUAUCCUGAAUUUGAUUUCGAUUUUACUAGAUCAACUUGAUCUUUCUGUUGAGGUUGCAACAAGGAUUAAAGUGUAUAGUUUUCAAGUAAUUGAAUAUCGAAUCACACUUUAUUCUCUCAAUAUGAUGAAUGACGGCUCUUUUCUUGCAUCGGAGUUAUUUUCUGCUAUAUUUCCCUUUUCGUUUGAUGCAAGAGCAAAGUACAAACAAAUCCUAUUACUUAUGGGUAUUUUCCACAUAGUUACGAACCAAAUUUCGUUAAUGCAAGAACUCGAUUUAGAAAUUAACUUUCAUGAAGGAAAGUCAGUUCGGAGUGUCCUAAAGAUUCCUACGGCUUUGAAAGAGCUUCUACAGAAAAAAUUUGAUUGUUGA